CUGAACUUGGUACAAGCACUGCGGCAGUUUCUGUGGAGCUUCCGCUUGCCCGGCGAGGCUCAGAAGAUCGACAGGAUGAUGGAGGCGUUUGCACAGAGAUACUGUCACUGUAAUCCUGGAGUCUUCCAGAGCACAGACACCUGUUACGUGCUGUCGUUUUCCAUCAUCAUGUUGAACACCAGUCUGCACAACCCCAACGUGAGGGACAAGCCCACGGUGGAGCGCUUCAUCAGCAUGAACAGAGGCAUCAACGACGGAGGAGAUUUACCCGAGGAGCUGCUGAGAAAUCUGUAUGACAGCAUCAAGAAUGAGCCCUUCAAGAUCCCAGAGGAUGAUGGGAAUGACCUGACGCACACUUUCUUCAACCCUGACAGAGAAGGCUGGCUCCUCAAACUGGGAGGUCGUGUGAAGACAUGGAAGAGACGGUGGUUCAUUCUGACUGACAACUGCCUCUAUUACUUUGAGUACACAACAGAUAAGGAGCCCAGAGGCAUUAUACCGUUGGAGAACCUGAGCAUUCGAGAGGUCGAAGAUCCCAGAAAGCCA